AUGAAUCUAAGAUUGCAAGAUGGACAUCAGUUUAUUCUGGAAGAGAUACCAGACUGGAGCACUGCAGAGCUGGUGGUCAAUGGCAAGACUGUAUUUCACUGCAACAUGAAUGAUCUGGAUUUUGGAGAUUGUGUGUUUCCUCCUCUGGGAGGUGAUGGCAAGUUGCAUCCACUCUGUGGAGAAGCCAGAAUAGCAGCAUUAAAUGCUUACUGA